GUACCGAAGGCAACUAUGUCCAAGCUCAUUCUUCUCACAGGUCUGGGCCUUCUGCUGAAUGCUCAUUUGGGUUGUGCCUACCAGCUGAUGUGCUACUUCAACAACUGGGCCCAGCAUAGGCCAGACCUAGGGAGUAUGACACCUGAUGACAUUGACCCCUGCCUGUGUACUCACCUGAUCUAUGCCUUUGCUAGGAUUAGUAACAACAGGAUCACCAUGACCGACAAGAAAGACUUGACUGACUACAAAGCUUUCAAUAGCCUGAAAAGGAGGAACAGUCAGCUGAAAACGCUCAUGGCCAUUGGAUGCUGGAACUCUGGAACUGCUGCUCCUUUUAUUACUAUGCUCUCCACUACUAAGAACCGCCAGACUUUUAUUGUCUCUGUCAUCCAAUUCCUGCGCCAGUAUGGAUUUGAUGGGCUGAACUUGGCUUGGCAGUACCCUGGCUGUCAUGGAAGCACUCCUAAAGACAAGCAUCGCUUCACUGUCUUGGUGCAGGAAUUGCGUGGAGCUUUUGAGAAGGAGGCCAUCAAGAAUAAAAAGCCCAGGCUGAUGGUUACUGCCACAGUAAUUGGCAUCAUCUCCACCAUCCAGUCUGGCUAUGAGAUCCCCCAGCUGUCACAGUUCUUAGACUACAUCCAGGUUAUGACCUAUGACCUCCAUGGCUCUUGGGAUGGCUACACUGGAGAAAACAGUCCCCUCUACAAAUCCCCAUCUGACACUGGCACCAAAGCCUACCACAACAUAGAUUACAUCAUGGAGAGCUGGAAGAAAAAGGGGGCUGUGGCAGAGAAGCUCAUUGUUGGAUUCCCUGCAUUUGGACACACUUUCAUCCUGAGUGACUCCUCCAAAACUGGAAUUGGUGCCCCUGCCAACCGUGGUGGCCAUCCCGGGCCCUACACAAAGAAGACUGGACUCUGGGCUUACUAUGAGAUUUGCACCUUCCUGAAAAAUGGAGCCACUUGGGCCUGGAAUGCCCCUCAAAGAGUGCCUUAUGCCUAUAAGGGCCAGGAGUGGGUUGGCUAUGACAAUGUCAAGAGCUUCUUUCUCAAGGCCCAGUGGCUUAAACAGAACAACUACGGAGGUGCCAUGAUCUGGGCCAUUGACAUGGAUGACUUCACUGGCUCUUUCUGCAAGCAAGGAAAUUUCCCUCUGACCUCUACCUUGAAGAAAGCCCUCAGUGUGCAUAAUGCAAGUUGCAGAGAAACAGCCCUUCCAGCCAGCAGGAGCAGGAAUGGAAGCAGCAGCUCUGGGGCUGUGUAGCCUGUGUUGCUACCUCCUAUUGGACAGCAGAAAGGCCUUCCUCCACUGCCUGAAUGAAAUCACAUUCCAGAAGGGCCAGGCUGCACCUGUCUUCACCAGCAGCUGUGAUUGCUGAAACAGACAGGAGCAUGACUUGCUGCUGGAA